ACCUGUUGAAAGCAGAGCAGAGGAAUAGAAAAAAAACCCAACGAGUAAAUUUAUUUGUGGAUAUUGCGCCGUUCUUCUGAUAUCUCAUUGCUUAUGGUUGAUAAAUAUGUAUUAUCUGUAGCCGACGUGGCAGCUUAUAGUCAAAAGUAAUCCACAAAUUAAAGGUUUUUUUGGUUGGCUGGUAAGGUAGAAAUAUUCAAGAUGGAAGAGAAUGGUCACAUUAAUCAGAAUCAGUCAAAUAUGGAAAUUCCUGAAAUUCAACAACAAUCAAAUAAUCCAAAUAACGAAAAUAUUCUCAUUAUAAUGGAGAAUGAAAAUGGUGGAAAUACAACCUUAUCCCCGGUAGAAUAUACAGAAUCUGUGCAGACGGUCAGCAGUAAUCCAAUGACAGUCACCAUCUCAGACACUCAUGCUGUCUUCGCACAACCGAUGGCUAUGGAAGAUUAUCGUGAAACAACGAUCGAUUCACAAGGAAAGACUGUUGAUAUUGGUAAUAUCACUGGAACGAAAUGUCUAGUUUGCGAGGAUCGUGCGUCUGGAUAUCAUUAUUCCGUGUUUUCGUGUGAAGGUUGUAAGGGAUUUUUUAAGCGUACCGUACAGAAAGGCUUGACCUACGUGUGUCGAGAACAAGGAAACUGUGUUAUUAACAAAUCUACGAGAAAUAGUUGCCAACAUUGUAGAUAUAAUAAAUGCACGCAGAUGGGCAUGAAGAAAGAGGCGGUUCGUGAAGACCGAUCACCAGGAGGGAAGCACCGGCACAAGCGCCAACGAACAGAAGAAAUGGCAGGUUGUGUGAUGCCAGACGGUACUUUGGCAGCUGUUCCAAAUAAAGACGAAUUUCAAGAUACGAUUAUUGAAACAUUGGUUAACGCUCAACCAGAUUAUUUUCCUAAAUUAGACAAGGCUAUUAAUGGAUCAUCUAUAAGUGUGAAUGAGUUAAUGCAGUAUGGUUAUUCAGAGUUGAAAUAUAUUAUAGAGUGGGCCAAGAAAGUACCAGGCUUCCAGGAACUUAGUAUGGAAGAUCAGAUGUGUCUAUUAAAAUCAUCUUUUAUGGAAUUAAACGUGCUACGACUGGCUUACAGAUCAAUGAAUCUGGGUAAUUGUAUUAAGUUUGCCGAGGGUGUGGUCAUUCCUAUUGAUGUGGCUCAAGGUAUGGGCUGGGGUAAAGAAUUAAUCAACGCUACCAUGGAAUUCACAGGACGACUUCAAGAAUUAAAAAUUGAUAGAACAGAAUUCUGUAUAAUAAACGCCAUUGUUCUCACAUUUCCAGAUGCUGUUGGUAUCCAAGACAAAUUCAGCGUGUUGGGUCUCCAAACCAAAAUAUUAGACACCCUUAGACGAUACACCUUACAUAACUACCCAAAUGAAACACGUCGCUAUGGUAAAACGUUGCUACGGUUACCAUCGUUAAGGACAGUUAGUGCUAAAGCAGCCGAGAAGUUUUUGUCGUUGACUGUAGAUGGUUCAAUUCAACUCAAUGAUCUGGUAUUUGAGAUGAUCACGUGAUCAGUGAAUUGGCCAAUAACCAUUUUGAGCUCUUAUCAAGAAUGUUUAAUUUUACUUUUGUAUAAAUGGACAUUGUACGGUUAUUGUAGGGUUAUUUUAUAUUUAGCUUUGUUUGUUUCAUUUUAACCCAUCGAGCCAACGACCCAAAAAAUUGAUGAUGUCACUUUUCAUGGGCAGACAAUCAGUGUGGAAUAUUAUCAGUGGUUUAACGCAUGCGCGUGAAAUCAGGAGGUCUGUCAUUGAGUAAAGUGGCGUGGUUUCGAUUCCCUGCUUGAAUGUGACAGAGAGUAGAGCCACGUGUCUAACCUCAUGGGUUUGUUUUCUCUGAGUCCUUCGGUUUCCUCCCACUGCUAAAGAUCCCUACGCGCAAUCGAAUUAUAGAAAUAAAAUUGAAUCAUAUAUUAGUCUCCAAAUGACCUAGUUUGUGUGUCGUUAUACAGAUCAUUAUUAUUAUUAUUAUCAAUAUUUUUAUUAUUAUUAUUCAGUAAAUAUUGGUAUUCAGUAAAUAUUAUUACUGUUUCUUACAAUUAUAGAAUCGAAUUAUAGAAAUAAAAUUGAAUCAUAUAUUAGUCUCGAAAUGACCUAGUUUGUGUGUCGUUGUACAGAAUGUUAUUAUUAUUAUUAUUAUCAAUUUUAUUAUUAUUAUUAUUCAGUAAAUAUUAUUACUGUUUCUUACAAUUACUUGAUAAAGUCUAAGGAUUCCUAGUUGAAACUUCCUAAUAAACAGUAAUUUCUUAAUAAAACAGUAAUUUUCAUAAUAAACAGUAAUUUCUUAAUAAACAGUAAUUUCUUAAUAAACAGUAAUUUCUUAAUAAACAGUAAUUUCCUAAUAAACAGUAAUUUCCUAAUUUACUAAUAAACAGUAAUUUCCUAAUAAACAGUAAUUUUCUAAUAAACAGUAAUUUCCUAUUAAACAGUAAUUUACUAAUAAACAAUAAUUUUCUAAUAAACAGUAAUUUACUAAUAAACAGUAAUUUACUAAUAAACAGUAAUUUACUAAUAAACAGUAAUUUCAUAAGAUUGUGUGGUGUAUUUCCAGUUUUAAGUUUUAAAUGCCAUUGGGCGGAGAAGGAGAAGGAGAGGAGGCUUACAACCUCUCGGUCCUUUCUACUCUUUCAUUUCAUGUAAAGAUGCAUUAUGUAAGAGCAAAUCUGUCUAUUGCAGGUCUUUAUAAUUUGGCUUCAAAUGUUUUAUAAUUUAUUAUUUAGACAUUUAAUCACAUGGUAGGGUGACCCAUGUACUCACAGAAAUACAGUCCACCGCUGAUAGUUUGAGAGUACCACUGAAGCGUGCACAUUCGCCGUGCCGAGACCAACUUUCUGACAGUAUGAUACUAUAAAUAGCCAUGGCGCGUGCAAUUCUCUACAAAUCUAUCAACUAUUACAGCCGUAAAAUAUUUAUUGUUGACGAUUUUGAAUAGCAGUAAAAUUAAGCUUCUUGGUUAUUACAGCAGAUUUAGAAAUUACGUUCGUUUCAUUUUUUAAAUCGCUUUAUCAUUAACUGUACCGUUAAGAGCGGCAUCUUUUGGUUUAGUACAAAUAAUAUCUCUGAAUCACUCGGAUUAGACAGGAACAUGAUACUAGCAGUAGUUUCAUUUUACUUUUACAAGCUUCUUAAAACGAUUGUUGAGCUACCUAACGUGCUUAUUUCUAAAUUCAAUUUCUUGUUCUAGCUUUCUGUUAUGUUUCGUAAAAAAGUAGUCUUGAUUAUCCCGACCUGUCAAUCAGACGUAGAAUGGUCGAUAGACUGGUUAAGCGAGACUAAUUUCAAAACAAGGGCACGUAACCUAUCUUUUACUCAAAAGUGUCUGGAUGUUAUGGACGACUCUUGGAACCAGUUUUCAGUCUAUUAUUUAUACGUGAUUAAUGGUCAUAGCUUAUUAAGUACAACAUGAUCGUUUAUUUAGUGACUAUAAUUGUGUGAAACUGAUUUGAGGCUUGGCAUAUAUAUAAAUAUUGUGGCGUAAUUGUCGAGAUAUAUGGAGAUAUUUAUUUAUGGUGGGUCACCCUACACAUGGCAAGCCCAUAAUCAACUCUCUAGAUUAUCCGAUGGAUUGCAAUUUCGAGUUGUCUGAAACACGGCAAUCAAGACUAUACUGUCAGCACUUCAAAGGUUCAUAGUUUUCGCUCACAAACCCGUAAUUUGUUUGACUGAAGUGUUCAAUAUAAGUUUGUUUCAUUAUUAUCUAUUGGGGUGACAGAUUUUUAUUCAUAUGACAGACCCAAAAUCAACUCUUUAGACCAUUGGAUGGUCAAUUAUUUAGACAUUUAUUCACUUGACGAGCCGAUAAUCAACUCUCUAGAUCAUUGGAUGAUGGAUAUUUUAACGGAAUGAAACAUGAUCGUCAUUUAUUUUAAACAUUAUUUAUCAAUGUUUAGUGUUGAUGAUUAACAAGUACCGUGGUUAGGAUAAUAAACAGUCUAUUCACACAUCUUGUCAAAACUACAAACAGUGAUAACUUGGCUUAGAAUAGUGUUAUUUGAAUAACAUUUUCAAUAUAUUCAUUUUGCAUUAUCAGCAUUUGAACUAUUUUAGAAAAACCAGUCAAUUCUUUAGCUAAAUCUUACAUAAUGCAUCUAUGAUAUAUUUCUACAGGGGGUUGUGGGAUUUCUUCAGACCCCUACGUGCAAGCAAAUUAUUGAAAUAAAAUGGAGCCAUAUGUUAGUCUCGAAAUGACCUAGUUUGUGUCGAGUGGUUCUCUCUUUAUGUAAAUUUUUACACAGCUGUACAAAGCUAUCGUUUAUGUGUCUAAUUAUUGCUUUUUGUGUUGUGUAUAAUAAAUAUUUCCAAUGGUGGAGGAGGUAUAUUAGAUUGUCACUUGUGCCUGAAUGUAUAAAUAUUUAUAAAUGUUCAUCCAGAUUUGAUUUGUUAUAUGGUUUUUGAUUGGUCAUGGAAAAUCUGUUAGCCAAUCAUAAUUUGAAGCAUGAUGAUACUCAGUUCAGGAGGGGUUUUGUUGUUACAUGCAGGAUCAGGAAUCCAAGGGACUUUGGUUUAGUGGGUUAAUUGUCAUGGUGUAUAACACAUUAUGAUAGAACAGUUUUAAUCGAUCAUCCCUUAUAACACGUUAUAGUCUAUAACACAUUAUUGUGUAUAACACAUUAUGAUAGAAUAGUUUUAAUCGAUCAUCGCUUAUAACACAUAUGGUGUAUAACACAUAUGGUGUAUAACACAUUAUGAUAGAACAGUUUUAAUGGAUCAUUGCUUAUAACACAUUAUGGUGUAUAACACGUUAUAGUGUAUAACACAUCACGGUGUAUAACACAUUAUGAUAGAACACAUUAUGGUGUACAACACGUUAUAGUGUAUAACACAUUAUGGGGGAACAGUUUAAUCGAUCAUCGCUUAUAACACGUUAUGAUGUAUAACACAUUAUGUGUAUAACAUAUUAUGGUGUAUAACACAUUAUGAUAGAACAGUUUUAAUCAAUCACCAGUUAUAACACAUGAUGUAUAACACAUUAUGAUGUAUAACACAUUAUGAUGUAUAACACAUUAUGAUAGAACAGUUUUAAUCGAUCAUCGCCUAUAACACGUUAUGAUAGAACAGUUUUAAUCAGCCAUUGCUUAUAACACUAAUAUUAUAGUGUAUAACACAUCAUGGAAGGAUAGAGUUAUAAUAUAUAAUAUAUUAUGGUAUGAUAGAGUUGUGAUUGUUUGUAAGGAUAGAUUUAAUCUAUGUUUGAGGACAGUAUAUAAUCUAGUGAUUAUUACAUGUUAUAAUAGAUUAAAUAUGGUUUAAUCGUU